UAUUUUUUAAUAUAAAAUGGUUUACAAUCUCUAUAGCAACGGCUCUUAUCUAUUUCCGUUUGAUACUACUUUUCUUAACUUUAGAGGGUCUAUUUCAUACUAAAAACUAAGGAAAUUUUGAGAGCUUCAUCAGCAGUAGUAGUACACAUAAGAUCUAGAUCUACUUUUAUUACCAUCAACUUCUUAUUCGCAUACGAGCAUUAUGGUUGUGCUGUUUUGCCCAGAAGAAACCGAUGAUCUGCACUGAAUCGCCAGCACACCCAUCACUCGGCUGUCGUGCGGUAGUACGUUACGGUACGGUAUACUGUCUGAUGAGUACUAGUACCGUACUAGGCCUACGCAAGACUUCCCCUAUUCUACUGGGCGAGGGACGGCUACAUAUGUACGACGUUAUACUGUAUACUAGCUGGCCUGCUUGCCGCUGUUAUUAAUGUUCUCAUUUGAUGAAAGGACAAGUUAUAGGUAUGGCCAGUUCUGGAUCAGCUGUCAGGUAUCCAGGAUUUCCAGACAGCAUGCGUAGGACAGCUCCUGCCGGUCAUUCCCGCAUACCAGUGUCGCAGACUCAAAGACCUGAUGCCAACCGUCAUGUGAGUGCUCCACAGCGUUCAAGGCUCCUUGCCAUGCAGGAUGCCUACCAGAAGAAGCUACUGAAAGAAAAGGAAGAAAAAAUGUUGGCCAUUUACAACAAGCAGCAAGAUCAGGCUCUUCAGAAAGUUACCCGCCAUGGAAGUAAAGCUGGUACAGAUGAAGGGCAAGGUAUUGUAAGAGAUUUCUUUAGGGAACGGAAGCAAAUGGAACAAUCAAAACAUUCAGCUGAAAUCAUGUCAAGAGAUAUGCAUUUCCAAAAGAAACUCCAAGAGAGAAAGAAUACAAGUGGUCUCUCAAAUACUUAUGAUGCAAGCAAUAUUCAAAACAGACAAGCAAAGAAAAUUUCUGAUCUUCAGGAGCAAAAACUGUAUGAAGAGAGGAAACAGCAAGAAAUGCUAAAUUAUAAGAGACAGCAGCAACAGAAUCAGAUGCAACAGCAACAAAAACCUGCCAAAGGUAUGGUGAGAUCCAAUCCUCUUGCUCCCAUCAAACAUGAUUCUGUAAAGAUGAAAGUGAAUGGCCCUCCAUCACCCAGCUAUGAAGUCUAUGAAACAUCUGGUAAUCUUGCAUAUGAUGAAGAUGAUCAUCCAAUGAAACCACUAUCAAAACCUCAGAAGGUUUCACAUCGUUCCAAGCAAAGAAUUGAUUAUGAACAUUCUUCACCAAACAAUAUGAACUCUACACAUUAUUCUCCACCUCAGCCAGCUAAACAUUUGAAUCGCAAGAAGGUAGCCCCUCCUAUCUCAAAGGAGAAAGCUCCAAUGAGAGCAAAGAAAGACAAGAAAAGUGAUUUUCAGAAGUGGCAAGAAGAACAAGACUUACAGAGGCAGGAACGUUUGAAGAAAUAUGAGGAUACACACUCUCAACCAAAUAAUGACUUUACUGUUGACUAUGACAGGGAGUUAAAAGAUGAGAUGGAGUCUGCCAAGAACAGAAGAAAGAAGGAAUAUGAUGAUAUGAUGGCAAAAGAGCGUGAACUAGAAGCCAUGAUUGCCAAACAUAAACAUGAUCUUGCCAGAAUGUCAAUGGAUGAUGACAGUGAUGAUGAAAUGGACUCCUUUCCAGCCCAAAAGAGCAGGCAACCUGUGAAAAAGCAAACAAAAUCCCAGAGUAAAGCCACUUCCCAUUAUGAGGAUGAAGAAUCAUUUACUUAUCGUAAUGAUGGUGAUGACUAUGAGAGCAGAGCAGGUGAAUUUAAAUCUAGACAGAAACAGGUAUCCAAACCAAAACCAAAGCGCAAAGCACCGCCAAGGGACCCAGACCCUGAACCAUCCCCUCCACCACCUGCUCCUGUGUCACAUGAUACCAGUCUAUAUGACCAAGCUAUUGAUGAUGGAGGAGAAGUUAUGGAUUUGAAUCUAGUUGAUUGUCCAGUAUGUGGGAGAAAGUUUGCAGCUGACAGACUGUCCAAGCAUAAGUCUGUAUGUAAGAAUGCAUCCAAGAAGAAAAGGAAGGUAUUUGACACUACUCAACAUAGGACUCAGGGGACAGAACUUGCUCAAUAUGUUAGGAAAGGUCAGCACCUGAAGAAUGAUCCUCCGGUAAAGCCAUCAAAUUGGAGACGUAAACAUGAGGACUUUGUACGAUCAAUACGAGAUGCUCGUGAGACACAGGCAUACGUUGCUAAAGGGGGCAAGCUGUCUGAUCUUCCUCCACCUCCCCCAUCAGAAAACCCAGACUACAAACAAUGCCCCUAUUGUGCACGGAAGUUUAAUCAAACUGCAGCUGAAAGGCAUAUUCCUCAUUGCAAAAAUGCCAAGAGUAGACCCAAGCCACCCCCUCGCAAGAAAUGAUAUUACUGUGGACAAAGACAAACUUAAAGUAAGUUUCUACAUGUAAUAUGAAUUCAGUCAAUAGUCAUCAACAGCAAGCCAAUCAUUUUUGCUUCACUGUCAUGUAGUACAUGUACUUGAUAUCAUUUUACAUAAUAGGGGCUCCAUUUUGCAUCUGUUGAAAGGGGAGAUAUUGUUUGGGGCUUUAAGAUGACAUGGAAUUGUGAUUGUAAUCAUGUUUGGUUAAAAUCAGAUGAUACCUGGCAUCUUUUAAUGCCACUUUCAUUAUGUCACACGAUCAAAAACGGUCUCAAGUAGUUGCAUAAACAAAUGUGUAAGCCUCCUUGUAAAACAUGUUCUCAUUCUAGACUUUGGUAAUGACGCACAAGGUAAUCAGUCUAUUAGAUAAGUAGAGAAAUGGAUUAAUAGGGGUAAGGGAGAGAGGGGGAGAAACUGUCCAUUAAUCUAAUUGGCACCAAUCAAGAAUGGCUGUCAAUUAGGGAAAGUGCUCUCUGUGUUUAGCAUGAAGAGAGUCAACAUAGAAUGCAGGAUGUCAAAAAUUGAAUCUACCAGUGUGUUGCAAAUGUAAUCCUGUGUUGUUUUAGCCUCAUUUAUCUGUAGUCGCCUAAUUUCAAAUACAAUUUAUAGUGUGACCAUCAUGGGGCAUUUUGUGGAACAAAAUAAUUGUGAUUUUCACUGAAUCUUGUUAUAUGCUACUGACAUCCAUGCAUCUGAUUGGCUCAGAGUGAAUUUAUCAGUGAAAAUUACUGAUGCUUCAUGAAAUGCUCUAUAGAAAUAAAUUCAAAGGGAAUCCAGUUAAAAAGACCACAGAAGUGUUUGUGAUAUGAAUAAAAUUAAUUUGAAUGAAUAAUAUGAUGUUAUCUCCUUGAAAACUACAGUGCUUUUUUCAGUUGGUGUUCUUUCCCAAGCAUUAUUUAUAUGUUACCAUGUGUGGUUACUAUGUACUGGCGAUUUCAGCAUGUAUACAUGUACUUGCAAUAUAGGGCUUGAACUAACUUUUAUGAUGAUAUGAUCCAUUUCAGAGUGUACUUGAUUUUGGCUUUCAACUUACACACAUUUUUAGGCUUUUCUGUGAUGUACUUGCCCUACACAUACAGCAAAUACCAUAAGUAAAUCACUGAUUUUAUAAAUUUGUACAGCUUUGUUUCUACAAGACUUUCUUAUUUGAAAUUGGCCUCAGUGAUAUUUUUUUCAUGGUUUACAUGUAUAUUCCAUUAAAAUCCCUUAAAUGUAUACAUGUCUUCUUGCAGUGUAAACCCUAAUCUAUUGAAAAUACAUGUACAUGUAUAAAUUAACUUCAGAAUUAAACAGCAAGCAUCGUUGAUAAAUAAAAAUGAGCUGUUAUAUCUGACAUGAAG